AUGUGGAACUGCUGGAAGUAUAAAUUCAGCAAGAAAAUUAAAACUCCGAAAAAGUACGGAAGCUACAAAAUAUGGGCUUACAGUUUGCUAGAAUAUACAUGUGGGACUGUGCCUGAUAACGCGAAGGGAAUGGUGCUGGGAACCGUGGAUGUUGGGAAUGUAGAUGAAUGCCAAAACAGUCCUUGUAAGAACGGUGGAUCGUGCACUAAUAGUGAUGGAGGAUUCAGCUCAAGUUGUGUUGCAGGAUGGGCUGGAAAAGAUUGCGGUGAAGAUGUAGAUGAAUGCCAAAACACGCCUUGUAAGAAUGGUGGAUCGUGCACUAACAGUGAUGGAGGAUUCAGCUGCAGUUGUGUUGCAGGAUCGUCUGGAAAAGUUUGCGGUGAAGACAUCGAUGAAUGCCAAACAAACCCUUGUCAGAAUGGAGGAACCUAUAAAAAUAACGACGGAGCUUACACGUGCAAGUGUGAUGCUGGAUAUGGUGGAAAGCAAUGCGAAGCAGUGGUACUCCUUUCUUUUACACUCUGCAUCAGAAGUAAGUUUGAUUUGUGUGCUUUUGCUUUAGUUCUGGACCAGUGCAAACAAAGUCCGUGCCAAAAUGGAGGAAAAUGUAAUAACAAGCAAGGAGGAUAUACAUGUAGUUGUCUUUCACAAUGGACUGGAAAGGACUGCGAUGAAGACGUAAAUGAGUGUGAAAACAGCCUGUGUAAAAAUGGAGCUAGUUGUGUAAACUCGCCAGGUGGAUAUAGCUGUCAGUGCGCUGCUGGUUGGACUAGGGAUGGAUGUGAUCAAGACGUGGACGAAUGUCAAAAUAAUUCUUGUCAGAAUGAUGGAAUUUGCACCAACACCGUGGGAGAUUUUACGUGUCAGUGCGCAGACCAAUGGACUGGAAAGACCUGUGACAAGGAUGUAAACGAAUGCGAACUUUUCCCAUGCCAAAACGGCGGUUCAUGCCGUAACACAGCAGGUGGCUAUGUGUGCGAGUGCAUGCCGGGAUGGGAAGGAAAAGACUGUGAACAUGUUGAGUCCAGCUGUUGAGUAACGAAGAAUCGCGGAAUUUUAAAUUUCAUUAUCAAACAGAGAUCAAUGAUUUUGAGUAUAGAUUUUUCCGAAUCGGUAAAAAUGUCCAAAAAAAUGACAUAAGCGUAACUUAUAUGUACACUCCAAGCCUAAUAUGGAACACAUUCGAUGGACUACCAGUUGACUUUCAAGAUCAGUAUGUAAGUAAACAUUUACCUCGCUAGGUUGUUCAAAACGCCGACAAGAGUUAAGAAGACAGACGACAAGAUAAACCAAAAGUACACUCACUGCAAAGUAUAGGAGUAAUUUACACUUUGAUCAGAGCAACCAAAGUCUGGUAUAAAUACGAUCCUGUGGUAUAAUACAUAAAAACACACGCUUUGUCGCUAGGGUCUGUUAAGUUCGGUAACUUUACUACUUCCAAGACAAUAAAUUGAUUUAAAAAAUUA